GGAAACGUAUUAUUUUUUGCCCCAGUGAGUUCUAUGCAUAAAUGCAUGCCACUUCAGAGAGAGAGGGAGAGACUAAUAACAGUGUUGUACGACCAAGGGUGGUCGCUGUUUAAAAAAACGCUCGCUGCGUUAUAUAACAUUUUCCCUCUUCUGCUUCAAACUAUCGCUAUCCUUCGUGGUCAUGCCUCCUCUUCUCUUUCUACUGGUGCUCUGCGCACCGUUCCUAACCUGCGCCGCUCGAAGCAGCGUCGCCAUUGCUGAGAUCGCGGCCCUGACGUCCUUCAAGCUCAACCUUCAGGAUCCUCUCGGCGCUCUCAACGGUUGGGAUCCUUCCACGCCGGCAGCUCCUUGCGAUUGGCGCGGAGUCGCUUGUUACAGCAACAGGGUCACGGAGUUGCGUCUGCCUCGGCUUCAACUCAGCGGCCGGCUUACUGACCGUCUUUCCGACUUGCGUAUGUUGCGGAAGCUGAGCCUUCGCUCUAACUCCUUCAACGGGACCAUUCCCUCGUCGCUUGGUAAAUGUGCCUUCCUGCGCGCCGUGUUUCUACAGUACAACUCAUUCUCUGGCACUCUCCCGCCGGAGAUCCGAAACCUGACCGGCCUUCAGAUUCUUAAUGUCGCGCAAAACCACCUCUCCGGCAGAGUCCCCGGCGACCUCCCGUUGAGCCUGAAGUACGUCGACCUCUCGUCGAACUCCUUUUCUGGCGAGAUUCCAAGUGCUGUUGCCAACCUUUCUCAGCUCCAGCUAAUCAACCUGUCCUACAACCAGUUCUCGGGAGCGAUUCCGGCGAGCUUUGGCCAGCUUCAGCAGCUCGAAUCUUGGCUUGAUCACAAUCUUUUGGGAGGAACUUUGCCUUCGGCACUCGCUAACUGCUCUUCCCUCGUGCAUCUGAGCGUAGAAGGAAAUAUACUUGGAGGAGUGAUUCCGGCGGCCAUUGCAGCUCUUCCGAGGCUUCAGGUGAUAUCUCUCUCUCAUAAUAAUCUUACCGGAUCGAUCCCGGCUUCCAUGUUCUGCAACAUUUCGGUCUACACGCCGUCUCUUCGAAUCGUUCAGUUAGCAUUUAAUGGUUUCACGGAUAUUGUCGAGCCGCAGGCAUCAACGUGUUUCAGUGUUCUUCAGGUCUUGGAUAUACAGCACAAUAGCAUACAUGGCACGUUUCCCUUGUGGAUAACGAAUAUGUCCACGUUAACGAUGCUUGAUGUUUCAGAUGCAUUUUCUGGCCAGAUUCCGUCAGAAAUUGGAAGCCUCGCCAAAGUGGAGGAGUUAAGGAUGGCCAACAAUUCAUUUACUGGGAUGAUUCCAGAAGAGAUCAAGAAAUGUGCUUUUCCUUCGUUUUUUGGUUAUAUGUCAGGUCUGAAGGUGCUGUCCCUUGGAGGGAAUCUUUUCUCUGGUUCAGUUCCGGAGAGUUUUGGUAACCUUUCGGCGCUGGAAACCCUGAGUAUGGGAGGUAAUAACUUGAAUGGAACCGUACCUGAGCAAGUCAUGGGAUUGAGCAAUAUUUCAAGUCUUAAUCUUAGCGGAAAUAAGUUUACGGGUCAAAUAUCUCCAAGUAUUGGGAACCUGAGUCGAUUAAUGGUUCUCAAUCUGAGUGGCAACGGCUUUUCUGGAAAAAUCCCUGCUAGUUUGGGGAAUCUUUUCAGGCUAACUACGCUUGACUUGAGUAAACAAAAUCUUUCUGGAGAGUUACCAUUUGAGCUUUCAGGAUUGCCAAAUCUGCAAGUUAUUGCUUUGCAGGAGAACAGAUUAUCUGGGGACGUUCCUGAAGGGUUUAGCAGUUUGAUGAGUCUGCGAUAUGUGAACCUGAGCUCUAAUUCGUUUUCGGGGCAUAUUCCUCAAAAUUAUGGCUUUCUUCGAUCACUGGUUGCUCUUUCUUUGUCUGACAAUCACAUUACAGGAAUAAUUCCUCCGGAGAUAGGAAACUGCUCCGAUAUGGAGAUUCUUGAGCUUGGUUCAAAUUCUUUGACAGGUCAUAUUCCAACUGAUCUCACUCGACUCGCGCAUUUGAGAGAGCUUGAUUUGAGUAGAAACAAUUUAAGUGGAGAUAUACCCGGCGAUAUCUCCAAAUGUUCAUCCUUAAAUGCUCUGCUGGCGGAUCACAACCGUCUUUCAGGCACUAUACCGGAGUCACUGUCCGAGUUAUCAAACCUGGCAAUGCUGGAUCUCUCUGCUAACAACUUGAGUGGGGAAAUAUCGAGUAAUAUUUCCAUGAUGCCUAAUUUAGUGUCCUUCAAUGUCUCGGGAAAUAACCUGGAAGGUGAGAUACCGCCAACCUUGGGCGCUCGGUUCAACAAUGCCUCUGCAUUUGCGGAUAAUCAGAACUUAUGUGGGAAGCCGCUGAAUAGGAAGUGUGAAAAUGUAGUUAGUAGGGACAGGAAGAGGUUGAUUGUGUUGAUUGUCGUAAUUGUUGCUGGAGCUUGCUUACUAUUGCUGUGUUGCUGCUUCUACAUAUACAGCCUUUUGCGGUGGCGUAAAAGGCUUAAGGAACGGGCGUCUGGGGAGAAAAAAAGGAGUCCUGCUAGGGCGAGUUCUGGAGCGAGUGGAGGUCGAGGCAGCACUGAUAAUGGGGGACCAAAGCUGGUCAUGUUUAAUACUAAAAUUACACUUGCUGAAACCAUUGAAGCAACCAGGCAGUUUGACGAAGAAAAUGUGCUGAGCAGAACAAGGUAUGGAUUGGUAUUCAAGGCCUGCUACAACGACGGAAUGGUGCUUUCAAUUCGCAGACUCCAAGAUGGAUCGCUGGACGAAAAUAUGUUCAGGAAAGAAGCAGAAUCACUAGGGAAAGUGAGGCACCGAAAUUUAACCGUUCUUAGAGGUUACUAUGCCGGGCCACCAGACAUGAGGCUACUGGUCUAUGACUACAUGCCCAAUGGAAACCUUGCAACCCUCCUUCAAGAAGCUUCUCAUCAGGAUGGUCAUGUUCUGAAUUGGCCAAUGCGCCACCUCAUUGCGCUUGGGAUUGCUCGUGGCUUAGCUUUCCUACACCAGUCCUCACUGGUUCAUGGGGACGUGAAACCACAGAGUGUCCUGUUCGAUGCUGAUUUUGAAGCCCAUUUGUCAGAUUUUGGGCUCGACCGUCUUACAGUAGCCACCCCUGGCGAACCCUCCACCUCGACCUCAGUUGGCACAUUGGGUUACGUAUCACCUGAAGCUGCAGUAACAGGGGAAGCCACAAAAGAGUCUGAUGUGUACAGCUUUGGCAUAGUGUUGCUCGAGCUUCUUACAGGAAAGCGACCGGUGAUGUUCACGCAGGAUGAAGAUAUAGUGAAAUGGGUAAAGAAACAGCUGCAAAGGGGUCAAAUCACGGAGUUGUUGGAGCCAGGAUUGCUUGAGCUUGAUCCAGAAUCGUCCGAGUGGGAAGAGUUCUUGCUCGGUGUGAAAGUAGGCUUGCUCUGCACAGCACCCGACCCUCUCGAUCGGCCAACCAUGUCUGACAUCGUGUUCAUGCUUGAAGGCUGCCGCGUCGGACCCGACAUCCCAUCCUCCGCCGAUCCCACCUCUCAACCUUCGCCGGCGUGACCAAAAGGGGACGUUUUUCCCGGUCAAGUUUGACAUCUUUUUGGGUUUUAAUCCUUUUUUAAUUAUAAAAAUUGUUGUAGCUCCGAUUUGCUUAGCUGGAACUAUUUCUGUCCAAGAUUUCAAACAAUUUUUCUGUCAUUUUUUAAAAAGCACUUUUGCUCAAUUUGCUGUUUGGAACUGAUGCCGGACUCGAAGUUGGCAAGGUGGGACCACAAAAAGUAAAAUAAAGUGAUGCUCUCAUCCAUCUUCACUCCCACAGUCAACUAUUUUGACAAUCCGGUUUACAAGAUGGAAGGGCGCGCAUGGGCCCAUCUGGCAUUUCCCGCCAAAAGUAGAGGUACCCGAAGGAACUGUGAUCGACUGAUAUCCUGACAUCAUCAUGUGGUUUUAACGCAGGUUCAGGCCAAAAUGCCAAAUACACAUAUAUGGCCGUUAACGUUGUGGGGCUGGAGCUCGACGUACACCCUGUUUCCCAGGGCAGGGCAUCGGGUGCCUCGCCUUCCACAGUCCCUUCAGGAGCCACGUGGCUUUCUCUGCUGCCUUAGUUUUUUGAUCGGAGGCAACGGGAAAGUGAAGAGCAGGGAGAGAGAGAAUAAACAAGAAGACAAAAGUUCACAAAAAUUCAGGCCCCACUAUAUCUGCAGCAAGGAGUGGGAAAGCGUCAGGCUUUCAGUAGAGAGCAGGGUAGAUGAUUGAUUAGGCCCACGGCCUCAACAGCCCUGUGAUCUUUUAUUUUGGGUGGGGCUUUAUCCGCAUUAAUGGUUAUUCGUAUUGGAUUCUAUCAAUUGUUUGUUCUGUCAUGAAACCAAUCAGUUUUAGCUUU